AUGUAUAAAGCGCAAAUCCCACAGCAUGUUGCCCUACAGACAAAUGUGGUGGUUGGUGUCUGCUUCUUUUCACUCACGACCCGUGUGCAAAUGUUAACACAGCUUAAAGUGACACCGCUAUCGUGUCUGUUUACUGCUGGCCACUAUCGUAAAUCAGACUCCAGAGUCCAGCUACAGUACAUGCGGGAGCUGGGACUUUUUCUACGGUGCUCCUACAGUAACAAGCUCGUACGUAAACGUGGUGGGUCUCAGAACAUGGAGCAAAUCAAUGAAUAUAUCUGCAGGUACAAAAACUACAAUUUCGCAACUGGUUUAACGACUGCAGAGUACAUAGACUCACUACAGAAUUUUCAAAUAAGGGACAGUGACAUAUUCCUUGUCACUUAUCCAAAGUCAGGCACAAUAUGGACUCAGCAGAUCAUCAUCUCCAUCUGUGAGGUGAGUGGGGGUCUGAAUGAAUAUCCCAACAACUUGGAGCAGAUGCCGUGGCUGGAGUACACGGAGGGUCGCCCAGACUACACUUUACGUCCUUCUCCAAGACUUUUCGCCUCUCACCUCAGCACGGCUCUCAUGCCUCCAGGGCUGAAGGACAAGAAGGCAAAGAUCAUCUAUGUGAUGCGUAACCCUAAGGACAACGCUGUCUCUUAUUACCACUUCAGCAAAACCUUUUCAGGCCUGGAGCUUCCGAAGAGCUUUGAGGCCUUUUUGGAGCAGUACCUGAGUGGCAAUGUUGCAGGAUCUUCCUGGUUCGAUCACGUCAAGGACUGGCAUUCAAAGAAAGACCAGUACAACAUCCUCUUCCUGACAUAUGAGGACAUGAUCUUGGACCUGAAGGCAGCUGUAACCAAGAUCUGCGGCUUCUUGGGGAAGAACCUCAGUGAAGAAGCCAUUGAGCAAGUCGUAGAAAAAUGCACCUUCAAGACAAUGAAGAAAGAUCCAAAAGCCAACUACAAGUUUCUGCCACAAGAGAAGAUGAGUGGCGAUUUCAUGCGUAAAGGUCAGAUUGGUGACUGGAAGAACAUGCUCUCUGCUGCUCAGAGUGAGAGAGUUGAUCAAAUACUGCAGCAGAAACUUGGUGACCUAUCACUGAAGCUCAUCUGGGAAUAAUUAAAUAAAUAAAAUAAAUUGUUUUCUGAAUGAAUUUUAUUAC